AUGGCUUCAAGUUCCCACCUUACCAUCGGGCUUCCAAAAAUUCAUGCGAUCAAGGGGAACAAUAAUGCGCCGCCGGACACUGACUUUCUCAUAGGGACUUGGCAUGUAACUCACUCGAGUCUGCCGCUCUGGAAGGGGAAGCGCAACGUCAACGUCACCUACAAGUUACUCCCUUCCGAAUCUUCCGGCGGGCCUUUAACUGAUGAUCUUGUUCAGUACCAAGCCAUCGGCUCUGACAAGAUCAAAUCUGUUCACGGCGUGGACACCCCGUCACUGGGCAAUCAAGGUGCCUGGGACUGGCGCGGAAAAGGGUGGUUGAUGAUAGCGAGCUCACACUGGGAAUGCCUUGCCUUCGGCCAUACAGAUGAUAACAACCAGUGGAUUGUCACUUAUUUUGCCAAAACGCUCUUCACACCUGCUGGUAUCGACAUCUCCUCGCGCAACAAAGAAGGGCUUCCCCAAACAACCAUCGACGGGAUACUACAGGCCUUGAAAGAGUUCGAAUUUGAGGAAAUAACGAAGCUCGCCAAUGAUAUUUUUCAAAUCCCACACAGUUAG